UCCAUAACCAAGCCAUUGGUUAUUGUGUGAGUUGAAUCCAUAACCAAGCCAUUGGUUAUUGUGUGAGUUGAAUCCAUAACCAAGCCAUUGGUUAUUGUGUGAGUUGAAUCUAUACUCCAGCCAUUGGUUAUUGUGUGAGUUGAAUCCAUAACCAAGCCAUUGUUUAUUGUGUGAGGUGAAUCUAUACUCCAGCCAUUGGUUAUUGUGUGAGGUGAAUCUAUACUCCAGCCAUUGGUUAUUGUGUGAGGUGAAUCCAUAACCAAGCCAUUGUUUAUUGUGUGAGUUGAAUCCAUAACCCAGCCAUUGGUUAUUGUGUGAGUUGAAUCCAUAACCAAGCCAUUGUUUAUUGUGUGAGUUGAAUCCAUAACCAAGCCAUUGUUUAUUGUGUGAGUUGAAUCCAUAACCAAGCCAUUGUUUAUUGUGUGAGUUGAAUCCAUAACCAAGCCAUUGUUUAUUGUGUGAGUUGAAUCCAUAACCAAGCCAUUGUUUAUUGUGUGAGUUGAAUCCAUAACCAAGCCAUUGUUUAUUGUGUGAGUUGAAUCCAUAACCAAGCCAUUGUUUAUUGUGUGAGUUGAAUCCAUAACCAAGCCAUUGUUUAUUGUGUGAGUUGAAUCCAUAACCAAGCCAUUGGUUAUUGUGUGAGUUGAAUCUAUACUCCAGCCAUUGGUUAUUGUGUGAGUUGAAUCCAUAACCAAGCCAUUGUUUAUUGUGUGAGUUGAAUCCAUAACAGACGGACAACUCUGAAACACCGACCAAAGGACUACAGAGGACCGUUGCCUGUCACACCCACCACCAGACCCAGCCAGGUAAAUGCCCAAUGGCUGACAUGUUAUACUGUCUAGAUAGACACUGUAGAUAUGGAAGUGUCUGUCAAGUUACUUACUCUUCUCUGCUUCUGCAAAUACAGAAAGGAAUCUUGAAUCUUGCCCUGGAGGCAGAACUGAAUGAUUUCCACUACAUGGGCCAGAUGCGAAGUCAACAUUUUGGACUUCACUUCAGGUUAGGGUUAGACAUUAGGGUUAGCUGUGUUGUUGAGGUUAGUGUUAUUGUUAAUCGAGCUCUCACAGUCUCAUGUCAGAAUUAGAUGUUCCUCCAUGUUUCUCAAACAUCACAUUUCAAAGUUGUUCCAAAUUUCACAUUUCAAAGUGAUAAAGGUUAAGUUUGGACAUUAACUCCAAGUGUUUUCAGUUAGGGUUAAAUUUAGGCAUUAACUCCAAAUUAUAAAGGUUUGGGAUAGGCUUACCUUCUUUUUUUUUUACAUCAAAAACAACUUUCUAUUGCAGGAUUCAAACUUGCAACCUUUGGAAUUAGAGGCAGAUCCUUACACCCAUUUGCCAUCCCCCAUCUACAACACCAGAGCAAAACCGAAACCUACUUGAAGGUAACAGUGCUCACUGUUGCCCCUAGUGGAUGACAUCUCCCGUUGUCCUCAGACAACAUGGAUGGAUGUCGAAUACUGACUUGUAUCACGGAUGACCUGGCUGUAAGGUUCGGGUUAGGUUUAAAAUCAGAUGUUAUGACAAUAAGAUUCCUGACAAUAAAUGCCAACCUACUACAGAAAGGGUAGGAGCUAGAGGAAGGAGCAAGGUAGAGAGAGACUGGUCAUAGGGCAAUUCUGGCAAAAAUGUCAAAUGGGCUGGCUCACCUUAAGCCUAAUGGGCUUGUCUAAACUCUAAGUUUGGCACAAAAGUAUCCUUAUUCAGCUAAUAAUAGGUGCCUCGAGAUAGAAUGGGCGUAAAUACGGGUUCCAGUCUGUCCCUGGAGUAAGGUGUUGUUUUGGGAUACCGUUUUAAUUUGUCACCAGAAAAUUCAAGGUCAACAUCUUCCCCCCCUUUCAGAUUACACCUUCAGAGACUUUUGCCUCCCUGACAGAGUGACCUGCCCUCCCAAGCAAGGUGUGAGGACCCUCAUCCUUCCUGUCUCCACACAUUCCCAUUCUUCUUCUCCUCUGCUGCCGCACCUCUCAGGGCAGAAUGGACCAGUCUGUGCAGGAGCUGUUUCUGAACUUCACAGUAGUCUUGAUCACUGUGCAGCUCAUGUGGAUCCUAGUCAAGACCUACCAGGCCUGAACCACCAGGGGACAGAUACAGCGGGAGAGAGAUGAAGGGCUGAGAAAUGGGGGGAACUGGGUGGUACAUUUCAAUCCAGUUACUGCAGUUGCAAACAAUCUUGAAAGCUUACUGGGCGACAGGUAGCCUAUUGGUUAGAGAAGUGGGCCAGCAGCCCGGGUUGCUUGCAUCAUCCUAGAUGCCAUUGCCUGCUGUUGUGUCCUUGAGCGAGGCACUUGACCCCCUACAAUUUCUCUGCGGCUGAUCCAUGCGUCUGACCUAUUGCUUCCAGUCCCUCGUCUGUGUUUGUCUCAGGGGUUUGGGGUGUGAGCAUAAAGACACAUUUCCAUUAACGGACAACAUAGCGAACGGACAAUAUAGCGAACGGACAAUAAAAUACAAUACAUCUUAUAUUAUCUUAACUCUGAAACAUAGCAGUUGCACAUGGUUCUUGAUAAAUGAAGUGAAUACAAGAAAUUGAAAGGUAUAGAUAUAGCUUCACUGCUUCAGCAGUGUGCUAAGAAAGACAUGCAGUUCCUCACUCCUGCCUCUUAGAGGGACUGUAGUGUUGGAGAUGAGUUGGCAAGCAUUCUGUUUACACGCUCUACA